CAUAAUAGUUGACUUGAACUUUUGCUUUUCUUUUUUUUUUUUUUUUAACUUGCACUCUUUUUCGCCGACAAUUACUACCAUGGCAACUCCUGCCACUCCGACUCUGCUUCCCGCAGCUCCACUCGGUCACCACCCGGUACCCAGCUCCGUCUCCCCGGCCACCAACUCUCCGCCACCCGCCGCCACCUCCGCCGCGUCCUCCCCGGCUCCACCGGUGCCGCACCCGGCGCUGCUUCACCAGUUCCGGGCGGACCUCCUGCUGCCCAACGGGACCCCGCUGAAGGGCGGCGGAACCCCGCUGUCCGCCGGGGCCAAACCCGUGUACGCCACCGCGUCGCCCGUGGAGAGCACGCCGCAGAACAACGAGUGCAAGCUGGUGGAGGUGAAAGGUGCCAAGCUGGCCUCGUUCACGGUCAAAGGCACGGAGCUCAUCUGUCUGCCGCAGGCUUUCGACGUGUUCCUCAAGCACCUGGUCGGCGGGCUCCACACCGUCUACACCAAGCUGAAGCGGCUGGACAUUAGUCCGGUGGUGUGCAACGUGGAGCAGGUCCGGGUGCUGCGGGGGCUGGGAGCCAUCCAGCCCGGGGUGAACCGGUGCAAACUCAUCUCCAGGCAGGACUUCGAGACGCUCUUCAACGACUGCACCAAUGCAAGCUCGAGGCCCGGACGACCGCCCAAGAGGCUGCAGAGUGCGACAGAGGGCGGGACGCACCACAUGCUGUCUCACGGCGGUCUGAUUCACGCUGGGAUCAUGCCUCCUGCAGAUCUUUCUGCGCUGGCCAAAAAGAUCAAGCUGGAGGCAAUGGCGGGUUACCAUAGUAGUCAGCAACAUAGUGGGCCAAACGGAGAGAACGGUGACCACAACCCUGGUCUGGUUUUGGACCAGUUGCCCUUCAUGAUGAUGUCACAUCCUCUGAUUCCUGGCAGCCUGGCGCCAGCCUCUGUUUCCAUGGCAAUGGGCCAGAUGAACCGACUGAGCACGCUGGCCAGCAUGGCCAACGUGGCGCAACUCCACGCCAACCCACCUGCCAGGGCUCCCACCUCUGUCAUUAAGGAGCGAGUACAGGACACUCCUUCCCCUUCUCCUUCUCUGGAAGAAGCUCAGAUGUCAUCCAAUCACAGCAGCAGCGUGUCCAGUUCACCGCUACAUAACGAGCGCACCGCAGAAACAACACAUCAACUUCAUGACGGCCUGUCGUCGGGUCACAGCGUUCUGGGUCACUCUCCUGGCAUGGUGCAGGGCGCCAGAGAGACAGAUGGGACGCCAAUGGAUUACAACAAGGAGAACAAGAGAAAUCACACCGACAGGGACAACAGCUCCUUGGCUGCACAGACGACCAGGGAGAGCGGUGAUAGACAAGUCUUCCAGAAAGCCCUGUUGGCCAGGGAGGGCUGCGAGAGGCUUUCUUACCCCGCAGGACAGAAGCUCCCAGCAGGUCUCCACCACACUCCCUUCAUCUUCCCGGAAGGCCUGUCCUCCAUAGAGACCCUGCUCACGAACAUCCAGGGUCUGCUGAGGGUUGCCAUAGAGAACGCCCGAGCGCAGGAGAAGCAGGACCAGCUGGAGAGGACGGAGCUGAAAAUGGAGCUUGUCCGAGAGAGGGAGCUGAGGGAGACCUUGGAGAGACAGCUGAGCAUGGAGCAGAAGAACAGAGUUCUGAUUCAGAAACGUCUAAAGAAAGAAAAGCGCAGCAAGCGGAAAUUACAGGAGGCCUUGGAAGAGGAGGUCAAGCUGCGUGAUCAGGCAGAGCACACACUGCUGCACACUGCCAACACACACAUAGGCCAUCAAUCACUGGCGGCGCCUGCUCACGCAGAAUCUGUGACCCAGGACGCCGACGGGAGCGGCCACGACGACAGCAGGCUGGACAGCAAGGCGACACAAGAGGCCAGAGUUUUCAUGCAAACCACAGGGAGGUACUGAGGUUCAGGAACGAACAGAUGGACGAAUGGAUGGACGGAUGUAUGGAGGAAACGGUGAUGAAGAUUCCUCAUUUUUUGACACAUACAAUCAACAGGCAUGCUCAGUCCGGCAGUGGCAUCCGGGACACAAAUCUCUGCUUCCCCUACAUCGCGAGGGUGACGUCUGUGUGGUUUAAUUUAUUGCCUCUAUCAUCAAUUCCCAACUGUGGUGGGCAGAGCAUUUUAUUCUGAUGUUGUGUUAAAGUGUGUUUCUUUUAAUCCAAGUUUUUAAAUCGUAGAUUAAAAUGACCAUAGUUUUUUUUCUGUCAGUGCUGUUUGUUUAAAGCAAGUGAUGAACAUAACUUGUAAGAGAGGUGUGUACAUAUAUAUAGUCAUCAUUUUUAUUAUUGUUAUUAUUAUUAUUAUUAUUAUUAAUAUGAAAAACAAGGCAUGUUGUACAGUCAGUAAAUGACUCGUAUUGUGUAUGUUAUGCAGUAGUGCAGUUUGACAAUACAAACAAUACAGAUUCUUUUUAUCAUAC